UGAACGGCCGGUGCGUGCCAGGGAGCGUUUUGCAAGAUGCGAGAUUCGCCUGCCGCGGCGAGGGAGCCCUCGUCGUCGAGUUCGGGCGGACUCUGAUCAUCUCCGACAAAGUGUGCGUGUGUGCGGGCACCGGGGUGUCGCGCAUUACGUAAAGCCGUGGGAAAAAUAAAUCGCGGGUAAAGAGGGAAAACAAAGUGUAGGCGAAGAAGGGAGACGACCUACUUACCGUGUGCGUCGCGAUGAGGAGAGCAUCGUUUGAUAAAGUUUGCGUAAAUGGAGGAUCCGCAUCGCGUUGCGAACGUUUCAAAUGUCCGCAGACACGUUAACGCCAAGCGCAACGCUCUGAGCAACACCUCAUACGGGCUCACGCGCACCAAAGAUGCGGAAUACAAGUGCAGCUUGAAAUACAGCGGAUCUCUACAGGAGAAGAACUAUCUGCAGCGUAGCGUAUCGGCGGACAAUGUUGUAAUACGUUCACGCGGUUACAAGCCAUCCGAUAGACACGAUCCGGUUAAAAGAAACUUCCUUGAGAAUCUCACUUCAAAAAUAUUGCACUUCGGCAUGGAAGGCGAGACUACCCCGGUUAAUUUACAGAAGCUUCUCACUCCAGCAUCAGACUCUCAAGAGUUAUUACAAUCAAAAAGUAAGAAAAUGUAUGCAUCCUCGUACUUUUACGCACCGACGCAUCCUACGGUCGAGGAUCAGGUCGAGCUUGCACGUCGAAUUUCGCAUUCGCUCAGCGACGUGAAAAAUGUAAAGAGCAAAGGACAGUCCAUGUAUGUGAAUAGGAAAAAACGAUCUGUUAAAUGGAUCCAUGACGGCAAUGGUAUAGAAGACGAAGAGGAAUCGACUACGACGAUUCAUAAGGAAAAACUACCCCUCAAAUGCGUGAUGAAUCCAUGCGGGAAAGUACUGGACAUUCAUGGCAUUCAGGCAUUGGGUGAAGAAGUCAAUAUCGCGUCAGUACCGAAAAAUCCUGAGAAACUCUUCGAUAUCGUCCGCGAUUUGAACAAUCAAAAAGGACGCGGUGCCGAGAUAUUUGCGAAACGUAGGAAAAGAUCCGAAAAGUGGGUGGUGGACCAAGAACAGCCACAGACCCCCAAUACGCCUGUCACACCGAAGACACCAACAUAUCCAGAAAUUAACGGUAACGCAAAAUUCAUGGCACCUCCAUCGCUGACCCCUCUUACGCCGGUUUCAAGCAUUGACAAGUCAUUUUAUAAUCCCUUUACAGUGGAUAUCUCUCUCGACACUGCGAAUAUCCCGAUAACAGACAGGCGCUGCAACGCUAACCGAUGCAACCACUCGAGCGAGAUAAAAAAGAUUUAUCUGCGGGAAAUUGCGGUGGGCACAGAUUCCGAUUUUCCUUCUGAUCAUUCUCGGUCGCCCAUCGUCGAAAAAUCCCGUCGUACUGUUUUCGAAUCUACUAACAAUCGGCGCACUAACAUGGCCAAUAAUCACGCUGUCGCGAGUAACAAUAAUAGAUAUAUUAACAACAAUUAUCAGUCGCCGAGAAAAUCCGACGUGUGCAAUGCGUGGAGCUACCAUGGCAGAGACACGAGAAUUCAACAGCGUUUCGAUAACAAAUACAACGAUAACGUGAUUGGCAACAAGAUCGGGAAUAAGCAGCAGAACGAGAGACAGAUUCAGAAUGACAAUGAGGAAAACGGGUACACGCCUGUGCCAGUGAAGCAACUGAUACAAGAAUUCGAGAAAACCUGUAGACCAGUUCUGCAAUACAAACAGAUCAGUCCAAAGAUCAUUCCAAUCGUACAGCAGUGUCCGUUGGAUAAUGACAUAGCACGUUUCUUCGAGACGAAAACUUCUAUCAAGUACAACAACGAGGAGGAGAAAUAUGCGCGUUCACGCGGAAACUACGAAGGAUCCGCGAAACUGCAGUCCCAGCGUAACGGCCGAUUGUACGACACACGUGGGAGCUACGAAAGGAAACUGCAGUCCCAGUGCAAUGGCCAAUUAUGCAAUGUACACGAGAACUACGAAGGAUCGGCGAAACUGCAAUCCCGGUGCAACGGCUACGUUUCCACUGACGAGAGCGAGUACACGACAGAUGACACAGACUCCGAAGAUUAUCAGAACGAGGCGGGAUCUGUAGGCCGCGGCAAUUCCGCGCCGUCUGCCCUGUUGAACUGCUGUGACAGCAGCGAGUACUCGGUCGCAUUCGAGGACGAGUACUCGGGCACUCGGCGUCGUUCGACUACCUCGCAGGAGUUGGAGGCCCUUUAUGCCAACGGCACGGACCAGAGAUUCGUCAACACUGAGGCUGAGAUGCCUCCCGAGGCGAAGUCGCUGAUACUCUCGAUGGUCGCCUCGCAGGAGGAUAUACUCGAGACUAAGAAACAUCUGCGUAGCACGCCGGUUUUGGAUAAUCUUUUAGGCACCACCACGCCAGAAUGCAAACUCAUUGACGUUAACCCGGAAUUAGGAAACAAACUCUACGAAAAUAAUGAUUAUACUGGACCGAAAUUGGCCAGCCUUCACAAUCUGACAAAUUACAAUACAGCGCCGCGUGGAUGGAAUCAGUCAUGCACAGUCUAUCGGCCUAUUAAAUUCGAAAAACCGCAAGAGAUUAUGUAUUCUGAUUUUUAGACACACUUCGAUAAAUUUUAUAAUUAUAAUCCGUUUACGCAUCGGUACUGAGAGAUCAAUCGUAAGUCAAAUUUCUUCGAGGUAUCGACGAGAGAAUCAUUGGAAUAUGUUUUCUUCACUGUUGCGUUCAUUUUCACCAGCACCAUGAUUUAAAUCAACGGUCUACAAAUCACUCAAACUUCAUUUUGAAUAGACGUAUCGCGAUAUGAUUGCGCUAUAUGCGCGACAUGUUUGAAGUUUUGCUUUGGUGUACUUCUACCUCUUCUAUCCCUCAUUAAGAAUAUUUAACGUUGUUCAUGCUUUGACAAGUGUUACAUUACUGCAUUUUACUUUAGUAUAUAUUAUGCAAAUAAAUAUGUUGUUUUCCUAAUUUC